ACGGGCUGGGACAUUGCUGGGGCACGGCCGGGACAGGGCAGGACGGGAGCGGAGCGGUGCCAGGUGCGCCCGGCGGAGCGGCCCCGCGCUGUCCCGUGCCUGUCCCGUACCUGUCCCGCACUUGUCCCGAAUGCGCGGCCCCCGGAGCAGAUCCGCCCCCGCCGAGCCCUGAGCAGCACCGAGCCUCCCCCGCCGUCCCCGGGCGCUGUCGCCGGGCCAUGGCCGCGGCGGGGACAGAGCUGCCCGGCGGCAACGCCAGCGCCAACCAGAGCKCCGCCGAGCCCACGGUGUCGCGGGACGUGUGGAUGGUGGGCAUGGGGAUCCUGAUGUCGGUCAUCGUGCUGGCCAUCGUKUUCGGUAACGUGCUGGUGAUCACGGCCAUCGCCCGCUUCCAGCGCCUGCAGACUGUCACCAACUACUUCAUCACCUCGCUGGCCUGCGCUGACCUGGUCAUGGGGCUGGCCGUGGUGCCCUUCGGGGCCUGCCACAUCAUCAUGGAGAUGUGGAAGUUCGGGAACUUCUGGUGCGAGUUCUGGACCUCUCUGGACGUGCUGUGCGUCACGGCCAGCAUCGAGACGCUGUGCGUCAUCGCCGUGGACCGCUACUUCGCCAUCACCUCCCCGUUCAAGUACCAGAGCCUGCUGACCAAGGGCAAGGCGCGCGUGGUCAUCCUCGUGGUGUGGCUGGUGUCGGCCCUGACCUCCUUCCUGCCCAUCCAGAUGCACUGGUACCGGGCAGACCAYGAGGAGGCCAUCCGCUGCUACCAGGACGACAUGUGCUGCGACUUUUUCACCAACCAAGCCUAUGCCAUCGCCUCCUCCAUCAUCUCCUUCUACCUGCCCCUSGUCGUCAUGGUCUUCGUGUACGCCAGGGUGUUCCAGGUGGCCAAGAAGCAGCUGCAGAAGAUCGACAGGAGCGAGGGGAGGUUUCACACCCAGAACAAGGAGCAGGAGCAGAAAGGUGGGGCCGGGCACCGCCGCUCCUCCAAGUUCUUCUUGAAGGAGCACAAGGCCCUCAAGACCCUGGGCAUCAUCAUGGGCACCUUCACGCUGUGCUGGCUGCCCUUCUUCAUCGUCAACAUCGUGCACGUCAUCCAGGACAACAUCAUUCCYAAGUACGUGUACAUCCUCUUGAACUGGCUGGGCUACGUCAACUCUGCCUUCAACCCCCUGAUCUACUGCCGGAGCCCCGAUUUCAGGUACGCCUUCCAGGAGCUGCUGUGCCUGCGCAGGUCGGCCCUGAAGAUGUACGCCAAUGGCUACUCCAACAGCAACGGCAGGAGCGACUACAACGAGGAGGACAACGGCUACCCCCUGGCAUCGGAUAAAAACUGCGACCUGCUCUGCGAGGAGAUCUCCUUCCCUCGCCCCGAGGACUUUUUGCACGGCAAAGAGAUCCCUGGAUGUCCAGGAAUGGUCGAGAGCUGAGYGAUCCAACCUCUGUUCCUCACCACCCUGAGCUCAGGAGGGCUCUGGAGAGAUGGAGUGGGAGCUGAGCUGCGAGAAUUGAUGGCCUCAGCCAUCAUCCUCAUCCCCAUCCAUCGCCCCCCGCCCGGAGAGAAGCUGGGCAAGGACAGCCAGGGCACCAGGAGAGGCUCUGGCAGCCUUGGAGGACACUGGGGAAGAAGUUCUGCAGAAGGAGCUGACAGAGGGGAUGUCCAAACCAUGACAAAAGGUGCUGAGGGGGUUUCUCCCCGUGGAAAAUCCUUCCUGAAGGGGAGCACCAGGAGCAGACGUGGUCUCCAGCCGGGUUGGAGAGGCACAGSCRGGUCCCUGCCUCGUGGCCAGCUCAGGACAUCUCACAGCAGCCUGUCCACACUCUGGUUGGGAUSCAGCUGGAGCAGGAACAGUCCAGGACCAAGAGAGAGGAGCACGGAAGGUUCCUCCGGUUUAUUCCAUGCUCGUUUCUCCUUCUGGCAUCUUCUCUGCCUACCUCUGCUUCUGUGCAGGGAGUAUGUGGGGCCCUGACCCUGGAGCAGAGGGAUUGGCAAUGGGAAUGUGGCCUUUCCUUGCUCCUCACCCCAAAAUCCUGCACUGCCCUGCCUGGAGUGCUGGGACCUGGAAAUCCUCCUGGAGGAAAUCCCAUUCCAGCAGCAGCCACCCUCGGGAGCCAGGAUUUACCACCCGAGCCCCCAAAGGUGACAGAGCACCCACCCCUCUCCUGCAGGGGAGGAGCACCCUGAGCUGAUUUAGGAUCGGGGAAAACUCAUUAAACAGAGAUGGAGACAAAGGGAGUGACAGCCCCCAGGCAGAAAACAGCAGGAAAAACUGAUGGAAAACCACAGGAAAACGUGCACCUUGGACUUGCAGAGACCUGGGCAGAACGUGCUGGUACUGAACGGUGGGAGCCUCAUCUCAGACCUUCCCUCUCGGGCUUCCAGCUGCAAAAAAAACCUUUCCCUGGAGUGCAAUCCUAUUUAUUUAUUUAUUUUCUCACUGCUUGAUGUGAAGCUGCUAAAGGAGGGACAGCCAGGUCUGGGUGAGGGGACUGAGCAGAGGGGUGGGACAGAGGGACACAGGGACAGAGGGA